AAUAUUAGCUGGGUGUGGUGACACGUACCUGUGGUCCUUGCUCCUUGGGAGGUUGAGGCAGGAGGAUCAUUUGAGCCACUGUACUCAGGCCUGGGCAUCAGAGCCAGACCCUGUAUCAAAUAAAUAAAUAAAUUAGUUAAUAUGUGUAACCAUGCCUGGACCCGGGCAAGCACCGUGUAACUGUUAUUGACUGAGUUACUUCACAAUGACGGCAGAAUAAGUUUGUAGGAUUCAUUCAUUACCCCCAAAAUUGAACGAAUGUGUAUUGAUCAACUGUAAGUCAGGGAUCGUGUAUUGAUCAACUGUAAGUCAGAGAUCGUGCUAGGCCCUACGAAUACCAAAAUGAAUGAGACACAGGACCUGUCCUCAGGGAGUGGACAGCCUGGUGGCACAGCUACAGGUGACACUGGGUGAUUUCUUAGCUGGUUCAGGUAAAAGGUAUAAAUGGAUUAAAAAAGAAAUAAGAUACACCUAGGAAGACGAAAGAGCUCUGAUGGCUACAAAGUUUAAGAUUGACGCUUAAAUUCUAACUCUGAGCUCAGAGUGGACGGCUAGUCUUUUCAAUAGCACUUUCUGUUGGGUGAGUAUUGGAAAAGGGUGACUAUUGGUAAAGGAUGUAAAGGGUGACUGUGGUCUGAACCAGCGUGGAAAUUAACACACCCUUAUUGUUACUUAGAUAACUUAUUUUUUUCCUUCUGUUGUGACUUUGUGCGUGUGAAAAUAAACAUGCAGGAGGGCUAUAAUGGUCAAUUUGAAAAACAUAGAAAAGGUUGUCAUUUAUUCCAAAGUGCGCAGUUUCAAUCAUAGCCAUUCAAGGAGUUUAAAUGAGCUUCGUUAUCUAGCUUGGCUUGAAUGCAGGGGGGGGGGGCAUUAUUUUGUUGUCCCUCUUUGAGUUCCAAGGGUUUGUUGUUGCUGGUGGUGGUUGCUUUAGUUCUACCACUUUUCCCUAUCUGAGCUGCCCUUACUCCAGACUUCCCUCUGGGUGGUUUUACUUUUCCCGUAUGAAAAGAACCACGUUUUUCAAUACACUUGCUUGCUUUUUCUAAUCCCUGCCCCUCCCUGAGUCUUGGCUGUGGGCUGAGCCAAAGAACAAGCUCUGAUGUCAGGGGCAAAGGCACUCAAAUAACAAUCUUUUCAGAAGAGCCACAGGGGAAGAGAGACCAGUGACUAUGAUAAAGCUGCUGUGAGCAGGGCUUUUGCUUCCUUUGCUCUGCCUCUUUUCUGACUGAGAACUCGGGGUAGCUGUUCUGAAGCUUUCCCUAGGGGGUGAGCGAUAAGAAAUCUGCACCUGGAGGUAUCACCUGUCUGCAGCAGGAAAACAAGGGACAACACUUCUCCUAAAAUGCAAACUUCAGAAGACAAAGAGGGAUAUCAGAUGGCUUCAAGGAGUGACUGGUGAAUGGUUUGAAGAAAUUCAAAGAAAAAAGUUUUGCAAUGAAACAGAUGUUAGCCAAAUGUUAAAACAGCCACUUACAUAUAGGCUAAGGAAGGAGAUGGCAAAAAAUGAUCCAAUAGAAUCACAAACGUCAAGAUCUAAAAAUUUAACUAAUCAAAAAAAACCAACAUCUGUUCCUUCACGGCCAAGCUUCAGAUCAUCAUUCGCUUCCCUCUUUUCCUUCAGGAAAUCUGGAAAGGAGACUUUAAAGCUUCAGUCGCAGGGACAGAAAGGAUGUGACAGCCAUGCAGGCCCUCCUGUGUCUGUGAGGGGAACUGCUGGGCAGGCAAAAAUAUACAAUUCACCUCUGGAAAAUCAACCAGUUGACAGUGCGUUUGCCCCCAAGCCAGCAGUCAUGAGGGAGGAAAGUGGCAUGCCUCCUCCAUGGGAUGCUUCACUGCUGGAGAAUGAGUUUUUCCAAGUUUUAGAUGAUUUGGAUAGCAAACUGGCUCAGGAACAAUCUGCAAGCUCAGUGAAUUUGAGAACACCCUUCAACUAUGGAUCAAGAACACAGUUCAGUCAUUUUUAUUCCAGUGGGAACAGACAUGAUAACAUCACAGGAAGGCACAAAAAUCACCAUAAUGAGACUUCCAAUAUGUCUAUCUAUGACAUCCUAAGACCAAGAACUCCUAGGGAAGGUUUUAAAACCUUUUCUCCUAGGACAAAGACAAUUUAUGAUAUGUACAGGACAAGGGAGCCCAGAAUCGUAAAAGAAGAUUAUGUGCAAAAGAAUACUUUUGGUAGUACUUCCCUGUGUUUUGACAGCAGGCAACGAUUAGCCUUACCAGCUACAGGCCAUUUCACAGCAAGGAGCUUACAUUUUCCAUCCACAGUUCAGAACAAGAGUGGAUUUAUACCACCAAGGCACCAACAAAGCCCAAAGAGAACUCCUUUAUCAUCCAUCAUAUGGAAUAGAGCAGAUUCUUCCAGAGACAGGCAGAACCAGGAAGAGUUCCUGAGAGCACCAUCACCAAUGGAAAUUGAUCCUGCUGACCAGUAUAUGUAUCCUAGGUUUCCCCAGGAGAAUAGGAGAUAUGAAUCGUACCAUUCACAGAAUGUUUACCAAAGUAUUAGUUUAAAUGCCCCCAUGGAUAAUGCAGUGAGUCCUGACACAUUUGAGAACUCAGAGAAUAUGCCAUUCUACCAUCAAGACAACCCAUUUGCCAGGUCCUUCUUUAGCAAUACCUUCGGACGAAGCAGAGAACAGAGAUUUGGACAAAGUCCUUUUUGGGGCCAACAGGAGAAACAUUCUUCUUGGUCUGACUUUCAUCAAAGCAGGAAAUCCUUUACUUCUGAUAGAGACUUUGAAAUGACUUCCAUUGAAGCAAAUAGUGCAUCAGCUGUUCAUGGCCAUAGUGUUUCUUCUGAACGCUGGGAAUCAUUUUCUUCUAACUAUGGAACAAAUGUUUCUAGAGGCCAAGAAGAGCCACAUCCUUGGCAGUUUAAUUUUCAGACAUCCAUGCCAGAGAGCAUGGAGGUAUCACAAGGUAAUGGGAACCAGUUGAGUCCUCAUUUCGGCACACCAAAUACUUGCUCCAUGUCUGGUUCAAACUAUCACAUCAGAUCUGGUGGGCUGGAAUACCAACAGCUCAGUUCUCCUGUAGAAGUACAUAUAAACAAAGAACCUCACUCAUUUGGAAUUGCUCAGACUAUAGCAUCCUCUUUCAAAACUUCCUUCCCCCAGAUUCCUGAUGACAGAGGGAAUCCUCAGAGUCCCAAUUUUCAGAAUCCCACAGUCACUUUGCAGAAAAUUAUUCCUAAUAAGCCUGCCUCUUGUCCAGUAAGAAGCCAUACAGAAGUCACCACGACCAACAGUGAUUCAAUUGGUUCUCUGCCUCUUGCUGAAAGCCAGCCUAAUAGCUGGGUCCUAGAAGUGAAUAAUGACAAAGACUUAAAUGAAUCUAUUUCAGAAGAAGACAAACAGCUAAGCAAGAUGGACCAGACAACCAUGACAGGUGAAAUACCCCAACCUGUUUCACAGAUAGUGACCUCUAACCCUUUAACUGAUUUUCACAAUCCCCUCUCCCAGGACUCAGCCAAGAGCAACAGGUUUGGUUUUAAUGUACCUACCACAGUAAGUUCCAAAAGGUCACCCAGAGCCUUUUCCAGGAAAGAUAGUUCCAAAAUGUACAUACCACACAAAGAUAAAUCCAAUGAAUAUAAAAAAGAUAAGAGGUUUACUGGGAACAGAAAACUUGGCUUAGCAACUCCCCUUCCUUUUGUUCAGGAAAGCAGAACACCGUCUUUUCCCAGUCCAAAUCAAGGGUGUCACCAGGAAUUAACAGUAAGAAAUCAAGAUAUUUCAGGCACUACUGCAAAUGACCACCAGAGCUCUGAACCUACUGAUAAUCAAAAUGCACAACCUCCACAAAAGCCGGUUAUUUUAAAACCUGAGGGAGAACAACGUGCCACAACUCAUUCCACCAGCUGUAGCAAGUCGGCUGCUGGCCACAAGAUCUCAUGUGGUUCUAUAGAUGGACUGCCACCUUCCUCCUCAUCAAAUAAUUCUUUCCUUGAUGCUUUAAUGAUUCCAUCUACUACAGGGUUCUCCAGAGGUCCUUCAGACAAAGAUCCAUCUGUGGGAGAAAGAGAAAAAGACAAUUCUAGGAAGAACCAAAAUAAUCAGUUUUCUGUAAGCCCCUCAGAAAACCAAGAGAGUCAUGGUAGUCACGUGCCUGUACAUGACGAAGUGGUUGAUGUUGCCAAGUACCAUUCACACUCUCCUUUCAGGAGUGGAAAGGGAAAAGGAAAAGUAAGACGCCGUGUAUCCUGCAUUGAAAAGUUAAGCAAAACAGAAAGUACAUCAGAACCCACGAGCAGUAGUAGUAGUCUCACGGAGGUGAGUCAGAGCAACGCCAAAGCUUCUGAGUUUGACACAAUUUAUUGUACUUUGCCAAGAAAAUCAACCAGUUUUCUCAUAAGUAGCAGGCAGUCAGGAGGUAAGAUAAUGGCUGCUUCAUUUAGAAAGGGGCCACUGCCAUUCCAGAUCAAAAAUAAUGUGGAAGAUCCAGUGGGGAAGUGUACAUCAAACAAAUUCAGCUCCAGUUCUCCUGAGUCAGUGAGUGAAUCUUCCAAAGUCAUGCCAGACUCAGGCCCAGUUGCGUCUGAAGCCACAGCGAGGAUGACAAAUAUGAAAAUCACUGGAUCUGCUUCUGUUAGAAAAGGACCACUUCCGUUCCUCAUCAACAAGGCUACGUCAAGUCCUUCAGGGGAUCCAUAUGCCUCAACUGGAAGAGAUGAAGGGAAAAAGGCAUUGGUCUCAGACACAGAUACUUCUCCUAUAACACCAAGGCCUUGGGAGAGAACUAUUAACCCUGUGGAAAGUGACUUAUCUGUUAGAGAUGGUUCUUUAACCAAAAGACACCACCAAAAGGAAUACCCUCAAGAACGCUCUGAAAAGGAUAGUAAAAUUGCUGCUUCUAAGACAAGUGUAUUUUCCCUUUCAAAUGAAGACCCUUUACCCUUUUGUUCAGACUUGUCAGGAAAAGAAAGUGGGGAAACAUUACACAAAUUUAAGACUACCAGUAUGUUUUCUGUUUCUGGUGAUGAAGAUAAUGUAAAAUGUCUUGAGUUGGUUUCAAUAUAUUACACUUUACCAAGGAAACCCAGCAAAAAAUUCUGUAACCUCCUUCAACAGUAUACACAAAAUACCGAUUCACUUACAGAAUCACUUCAAGUGGAGACUGAAACAUUUCCUAAUGCUUUAGAAAAAGACAAGCCAAAUUAUUCUACACAAGAGCAGUCAGGAACAACGUCACCUGAAAAUCUACAGAUGCCAGUCAGUUCUGCUCAAAAGAAUAAUCAUGUCAGUAAUUUUGCUAAAACACCUUUAGAAGAUUCACAAAGCAGGAGAGAAAGUGGGAAAAAAUUGCAAAGUGAAACCCUGUAUACUUCACUGAUGCUUCAGGGAAAAAAUAUUUCAGAAGAAAAAUCUGAAAAUUGUCACCCACCCGUUAAUUCAGGCAACAGUGGUCCCUCUAGGCUCCUAGCCCAUUCAGAAGAUAGUAAUAAUAUUGAAAAUUCCCAAACCAGAAGUUUUGGGGAGUAUGCAGGCAGUGGUAUGGCCAUUACAUCCACUGGAAGUGAGCAGUGCCCUCACAAAGAUCAGAGAGCCAGAGCUAUAGAUGAUGGCUCCAAUAGAUCACAUCCUAGGGAAGGUAGAGGGAAAAUUGGAACCAAUUGCCAAAAAGUGUCUAAUAAAACACUUUCUGACUCAGAGAGCCAAGUCUUGGCUCUUACUCCAGCAUUGCAAAAACUACAGCUUGUUGAGGAGACUCAGUCAGGUGAUCCAGACUUAGAGAGUUUGCAGUCUGAAACCAGAGAAUUGCCUCCAAGAAGUCAGGAGGUAACUAUGGCAGAGAGCAGGAAGGCUAAAGAUGAAAUGCAGAAGAUUUUCUUGGAUGAUCUAGAAAAAGAGGAAAACAGACCUUCAGUUAAACACAGAGUCACAGCCAUAUCUAAAGCAAGCAGAAAAUUCCCAUCUAAAGAUUUAAGCCCCAGAAGACAUGUAGCCACCAUCUUCCCAAAAAGUGGGAGCAGGUCUGACUUUGGCCAUUUAUCUCUUGGCACGCUGGAGUGCAGCCCACUGUCCCCUGAGCCUACUCCAGAGUCCUCAGAAUCCACAGGUGAAAGCAGGUUGAAUAACGAUGGAAUGAAUGUCAGGAAUUCUGAGAACCCUCUCCAGGUUACUGUGAUGUCCAACAGAGAACCUUCUGCACUCUUCAGCACUCUGCAGUCUAGUAGCAUUUCACAAGUACAUCAGAAUGAGUUUAAAAAUAUCUCAGAGUCACCGUCCGAGCAUGAAAAUUCUCAAGGUGUAACAGUAGCCCAGAGUUUGGAAAGAGAAUCAGGAGCCCCAGCCCAGCUCACAGUCAGCAGCUUCAGGAAAGCAGGUUUCUCUGACCAUCAGAGGAGGCUGAGCCCUCCUUUUCCAUUGGACCCUGCACAGAAAGCUAGGGUAAGCAUCCCACAGGCCACUUCUCAGCAACAACAAAGGAAUGCUUCAACUCUGGAGAGGGAGUCUGAGCCACCCCUCUAUCGGUCAAAGAGCUUAAAAAGCAUUAAUGUGCAUGGCGAUCUGCUUCGAAAAAGUCUUCCUCCAAAAGUCAGGGAGCGCCAUUUUUCUGAAAACACUUCUAUUGACAAUGCCCUGAGUCCACUGACCCUUGGGAAUGAAUUCUCUAUCAACAGUGGAUAUAGUCGAAGAUUCAGAUCUUUUUCUGAACUUCCUUCCUGUGAUGAAAAUGAAAGUUGGGCUUUGUGUAAUAGCAGCAGGACAAAAACAGGUCCCAGGCCUGCAACAUCUAUUUCCAGACCUAUCGACUAUGGAAUUUUUGGGAAGGAACAACAGUUAGCUUUCUUGGAAAAUGUAAAGAGGUCACUCACACAAGGAAGAUUAUGGAAACCAAGUUUUCUUAAGAACCCUGGCUUCCUAAAAGAUGAUGUGAUUAACCCUCCCAGCCCAUCGGAGUCAUUAAGCUCAAAUUCUCCUGGUACUCAGGUGCCAGAGGAUGGCAUAUCUCCUAGUGAACCGCUUAAUAUCUAUGAGGAGGACCCAGUAGACUCAGACUGUGACACAGACACAACCACGGAUGAUGAAUACUACCUGGAUGAAAACGAUAAAGAAUCAGAACUGUGAGGCUUUUAUUCAUUACCUUUUCACACAAAGCUUGUAAUAGAAAUGAAGUGUAAAUGUGUGUGUCCAAGGGAAGGACAGAUUUUAAAGUUCUAGUCUGAGUGGUGCCUGCACUGAGAUAGCCCAAAUUCCCCUUUUCCUCUCCAUAUCCCAUAUAUACACUUCCUGGGUGCUGGAACAAUUGAUUCUUAUUUGGAGCGAUUCUCUGCUAUUUUCUCUCUCUCUGUAUGUUCUUGGCCUGCCUUUCCACCUCUCCCCAACUUAAUCUCUCAUUCACUGUCCCAUUUAGGCUUUCUGCUUUACUUUCCGCCUAACAUUUUUAUAUCUCUCAUUGUGAUUUACAACCCUAAUAUCCCAGGUACAUGCAACACUUAUUAAUUACCCAGCAUAACUGCAAAACUCUGUUUGCCUCUUCCUGUCCACACCCUACACUCAUGACGGUAAACAAAAUAUAGGGGUGAUAACAGGGAGUAAAUAUUAUCAUCCUGUUUGACUCAUCAACAUUUAGGAGGUUUAAGAUUUUUUUUUUCCUGUUUUAAACAAAGAUAAAGGAAUUUUCAUGAGGACAUUCUGUUACAUCUGUGGUGGAGCCCAGGAGCCACAUGGUUGAGGACAUGUUAAGGUUAUAGAUGAGGAUCUGAAUCCCUAGUAAGCCAAUAGAGGAUCAGUGCUCCUAGGAAUUCCUCUCAAACAGUUUUUGGGGACCGGCUGAAUUAUUAAAGGUGAAUUUUAAUUGAGGCAGGGACUUGGGCCAGGCAGUCUGACCAUACAUAGUUGCAUGGUCACAGAAUUUCUGCUUAAGAAGGGAACAUAAAUGAGGGGCAGAGAUAAGUAGACAUCUCUUCAUGGGACAGACUUAUCUUUACCUCGGCUCUCAGCAAUUGUUGUUUCCCAUUUCCCCAUUUUCUUUAUUUGCAGGAUAGAACACUUAUUUUCAAGUGGGGCAUUUUAGUCACCCAUAUCAAGUGGGAGCCUUGGCCAAAUCCCUAAAAUUCAGUCAAGUCAGAUCUGAUACCCUGGGAUUCACAGGCUUCUCUGCUGGAUCAUUUACCAGACCCUUGAGAAAUCCCAAGGGACAGCUCCUAAAGCCUUGUUCCUAUAAGUUUUUCAAUAAUUUAUCUAGAAUAAAUUACUUCUGAUAAUCAUUAAUAAUUUGGCUUUCCUAACUCUUUAGUUGCCAUGCAAAACAUCAGGGGAUUUCUCUCCUGAUUCAGGAUAAAGACCAAUAAAUGGCAGUGAAGAUAAUUUGCUAGAACUAUAGAAAGCAUGCAAUCCUGGAUCUCUCUAUUAGGACAAUCAACAUGAGUGUACUUUAUCUUGUUUGGUUUACAUUUGCCACCUGACCUAAUUUAUUUUCCAUUUUUCUCACCUAGUCUGUUUUAUCCAUAUAAAUUACGGAUAAUGGUAGGUGUUGGUGAAGUGUAUAGAGAUCUGGAACUGAUAAAAAUGCAAGAAAGAACUAUGUUACUAUUAUCCUCCUAAUUAUUGCCUUGCCUAGAAGCAAAAUGCCAAGGCUAGUUAGCAUUGUUCCCAUGCAACUCAAAACUGAUGAUGAGGUAACUAACAUGAAAGCUAUUCCUUAAAUCUGUCAACCGUUUUAAAUUUCAAGGUCUGACCAAUCUUGAGCUGAAAGAGACUGAUAAUACAUCAACUGUUGUAUUUUACAUCAACUGUUGUGGACUUUUCAACUCAAAUUUAUGUAAAGAAUAACAUUGUAUUCUGUGUUUAAUGUAUGUUUUAAAAUUCUACCUUUGCUCUUUUUUCUAUUUAUCUGAUUAUUUAUAAGUAAUUUUUUUAUAAACCAUGACUGUGUUUUCUAUGUGAUUUUUAAGAUAUUCAGAGUUAGUAUUUUAAUAGUAAGAUUCUUGAUUUUUCUAACGAUCAGCUUGCAAGUUCUAUUUCAGUAAACUCUCUGAGAAUACAUGAAUGCUACAAAAGGUAAAAUGAAGUUAGCUUAUUUUUCAGGGAGUUUAGGCUAUGGCAACAGUUAGGUAAGGUAAGGAUGAAAAACUGCUUUGGGGCCUGGACUCUCUGAGCUGGAUUCUACUGUCUGAAUUUGAAGGUAAUUGAUGGCCAAUGCUCAGUUGCACUGUUUAUAAUGUUUGCUUGUUGGCCUGGCUCAACAAUGAGGAAAACAGAAAAUUCAUGAAAAUAGCACCUUUUAUAGUUUUAUACUUUUUAUAAAGCACUUCGUUAAAGAAGUCUAGCAAAUUUCUAUGUAUUUUAACAUACAAACUGCUGCAUUUUAAUGUUCAUUUUUGGUAUAGCUAUGGUAAUUUAUAGUAGCCAUUUUUAUACUCAUAACUUGUUUUCUAGAAGAUAUUAUUCAUAUAAAUAUUCAUGUAAAUGGAGUGAAUCAUAGGGGAAUCAAUACUAAUAAGUACCUUGUAAAUUAUUAACUUGUUUAGCUAUUAGACUUCUGUAACCAUAAAUUUUGUACUGUAAAGCCCAUUUAGAAUAGGGUUUCAUGAAAUUAUUUCAAUUUUUAGAGACUUCUCUCUAAAUAAUUUACCUUUACAUUGUAAAUACAUUGAUGUUAAUAAAACUCGAACUUCUAACAAGGGUUUGGUUGAUAAUAAGCUAAUAAAAGCUGCUUUGUGUAAGAGGUAAAUAUGUGUACUGGAGGUGGUGAAAGAAAGUCCACUUAGGUUAUGGUGAAGAUAGGAAUCAAAUUGGAGAACUCCAUGAAAUUAAUAUCUUUCAUUAAAUGCCAGAGGAUUAAAGAGGCCUUCUUGCUAAGAGUUUGUUGUUAAUAAUAAUGCUUCGGAAUAUCCCAUUUACAUGUAUAGUGUAAAUAUGUAAAAUAUUUUACUUUCCAAGCAAAUUUGUGACUGUAUUGCCACUUAGUGGCUCUUUGUGACUGGCAAUUUUUGUUUCUGAAACAAGCCGUAGCACUUUUGUUAAAAUUUUCUCAAAUAAUCCUUUUAUGUAGUUGUUCUCAGACCUGUUCUCUAGGUAUGAACUGUGUUACGAGACAAGGUGCAAAUUUAAAACAAUGCCUGUGUUGAAAUAAAUGAUUUAAACAGA